GCGCCUCCUGCCUCAUUCUCAAGAUGGCUGCCCACAGUGCUGUUCUCUCCGCGUCCAAAAUCAUUAAUCCUUUCUGGGGUGGACGCCUCGGAAAUACGGUUAAAGUAUUUGGAACAACUCUGACCAGUCACAGGAACAAGACGCUGCUGACUGGAGAAAACAUUCCCCCUCCUGCAAAGUAUGGAGGCAGACACACUGUGACCCUCAUACCUGGAGAUGGAAUCGGUCCAGAGCUUCUGAAUCAUGUCAGAGAGGUUUUCAGGUUCAGUUGUGUGCCAGUGGACUUUGAGGUGGUGCACGUCAACUCUGCUUUGGAGACGGAGGAUGACAUCAAUAAUGCCAUCACUGCCAUCCGCCGUAAUGGAGUUGCCCUCAAAGGUAACAUAGAAACCAAACAUACCAUGGCGCCAUCUGUCAAAUCCAGGAAUAAUCUCUUGCGCACAAGCUUAGACCUGUACGCCAAUGUGAUGCACUGUCAGUCCCUCCCCGGAGUCCAGACUCGUCACAAGAACAUUGACAUCAUGAUCAUCAGGGAGAACACAGAGGGAGAGUACAGCAGCCUGGAGCACGAGAGUGUGUCAGGAGUAGUGGAGAGUCUGAAGAUCAUCACCAGGAACAAUUCCCUCCGGAUUGCUGACUAUGCCUUCCGACUGGCCAGGGAGAAAGGUCGCCGCAGAGUCACUGCCGUGCACAAGGCUAACAUCAUGAAGCUUGGUGAUGGCUUGUUUCUGCAGUGUUGCAGAGAAGUGGCCUCUGGUUACCCAGACAUCACCUUUGACAGCAUGAUUGUGGACAACACCACAAUGCAGCUGGUGUCCAAACCUCAGCAGUUUGAUGUGAUGGUGAUGCCGAAUCUGUACGGGAACGUGGUUAGCAAUGUGUGCGCUGGCCUGGUGGGAGGGCCUGGCCUUGUUCCUGGAGCCAAUUAUGGCCGAGACUAUGCUGUUUUUGAAACAGCCACAAGGAACACAGGAAAAAGCAUUGCGGACAGGAACAUUGCUAACCCCACUGCCAUGCUGCUCGCUGGCUGCAUGAUGCUGGACCAUCUUAAGCUUUACGAUCAUGCAAGUUCGAUCCGGAAUGCAGUCCUCACCACAAUGAAUGAAAACAGGUUGCAGACAGCUGAUAUCGGGGGUCAGGGCACCACGUCAGAGGUGGUUCAGUCUGUCAUGAGGAUCAUUCAGAGUAAAGGACAGCUCACCGCAGACCUCUGAACAACCACACAGUUAUCAGUGGCCUGAGUUUAAACAGGUGUCUGCACCCAGGGCAGGUGUGCAGGAUGUGAGACGAUGUCCAUGCAUGUCCAUUUCCAUAGCGUCAGGUCUUUUUUUCUGGUUCACACGGCCUACUGACCCGGUAAACUGAACAAACACCUUUUUAUCCACACCUGUGUGUUUCACACAUAAUAAUGACUUGUAAGAGACUCAUUUACUUUUGUUUACUUUUGAUAAAAUUCCAUUAUCACACCACACUUAUUAGAUAAUAAAUGCUGGAGGUUAUACACUUUAAAAUCCAUAUCCUUACAAAUUGUUAUGAAAUGGAAAAAGCAGAUACUGUAUGUCACCAACCACAUGUUGGCGUAGGAAAUACUGAAUAUAUGCAAAUAUGAGCAUACAUUGACCUCGACAUUGUAUUUAUUUUUCAGAUUUUGACUAUGUUACAGCCUUUCAGUCGUCAGCCAAAAUGUGCAAUGUUUGUUUAACUGCUUAACUUUCUUUAUCAUACUGUAACUUAAAUGUCAAGUUGCCUUGUACAUACUGUUAUGUCCUUAACAUUCACAUCAUGUUAAGUGUACUUCUAUAUUAUCAGAUCAGGGGUACCUCAAGUAAUUGCUGCCAAAGCUAGAUAAUAUCACAAGGUUACACUGUUGUCUUUAAGUCUUAACCUGGCAAGUGCUCUUAAAGGCUGAUAUGAAAAAAUGGUUUCAUUGUGUUUGUGGGUGGGCACUUAUACUGUAUGAGAUAACUAUUAUCAAUAAAGUAAUAAUCUACUUCAAAAA